AUGCUUAAACGCUUUUGUGUGUUGUUUAUAGCGCUUGCUGUAUUUGGUGAAUGUUCAGUAACGACUUUCCCGAAGACUCAUACACAACCAGAAUGGGAAGCCCACGUGAAAGACUUUAUAAAAUUGAUCGACGUUCAGAAAUUAAUGGGUAUUGCGGUUAACUACAUUUCCGAUCCAGAAGUUAUGAACUUCGUCGAGUUCCUUUUAAGUCCGGAAUUCAAGAAAAUAAUUUGGGAAAUAGAAAUCAUGCCAGAGUUCAGAGAAGCUUAUGGAUAUUUGAAAGUCAAGGGCUAUGAUUUUGGAUUCGCGUUCGACUUUAUUAAUAACGCUUUAAAUAUGCCGCCGUUUGAACCAAAAACACCAUUAAGGAAUAAAAAAGGAAUAUCUGGAGUGUUUGAAGAAAUGAUGGCUGCGUUGCCCUUUGAAGAAAUGAAAAAACUUUUCGAAGAUAAACUAGAGACAAGUACAGAAAUUUCCGAACUCUUCAAGAUUAUCAAUUCUGAAGAAUAUUUGUCAAUUAUAAAGAGAAUGUCCGCUAAUCCAGAGUUUAUUGAAAUUAAGAAUAUUUUAACAUUAUACGGAUUUAAAUUUGAUUAUAUAUGUUCAUUUGCUAAGGGUAUCUUCGGCGAACAUUAUCAGGGUAUCUUUUGUGCUUAA